UUUUUAAGAGAGCGUCGAAACGUCCACACUUAAAGAGCUCAACAAAAAAUUUGCCGACCGACGCUUGUUUAUUUGUUUUAUAUAAAUUUACUUAAUUUAUCGCGUAAACGGGACAAUAGUGCAAGCCAAAAUGGCCGAUGCCGAUGAUGGAGCUGAGUUGUUGUUCUUCGACACUUUCUCACAUGAAGAAGUCACCGAUAUAAACUUGGACUUGGUUCAGUUCCCAAAGCCUGUAUUCAUAACACAAGUGCGCAUUAUACCGUUGGGCGCUCGUGUCCAAGCUGAUUUUCCUGGUGGCGUUCGUCUAGGUGCCACGAAUCCCUCCAAGUUCGAUCUGGAGUUCUUUGUCAAUGAUUUAGGCAUGCCGGGUGCUUCGGCAUUUGAGAAUCUGGGCUUGUUACGUUACAACCAGAACGACUGCAUACAUCUGGACUGUUCGCAAGAGAAAAUUCCAACAGAUGGUCUGGUUUUACGCGGGUGGUAUAGCGCUAUUACCCUAGCUGUGUAUGGUAUACUCACCAACUCUGUAACGGAGCCUAUUGCCAGCCCAACGUUGCCUUGCGAGCCAGCAAUGACCGGACCUGAGAUGUGCAAUCUAAGCGGUGAGGGACACAAUGUGCUCCUCCCAGAAGAAGUGAUCAAAGAUGAUUGGUCGGAGCCAAUGCAGAGUGAAUUGUUGGUUGCAGCGGCACACAAGGCUAACGUCAGUGUCAGCGACUACGAGCACGAUGAUAUCGAAUAUGGCAUGUCGCGCGACCAUUACCAUCAGCACGCGGACGAGGAACAGCGCGAAUUGCGACGCUUGCGUCGGUCUACGCAUUCUACUGACCACUCUCCCCCACCACUACGGACGCAUACACAUUCAGAGAGCAAUGACAGGGAGUACCUACGUUGUUCACGGGACAAGGCGCCGCGUGAUUGGUCGCGCUCACCAGAAUAUUCCAGUCACAGAGCACGCCGUAAGCGCUCAGAGCGUUCUCGCUCCGAUGCAGAUGAGCACAAGUGGCCACGGACGCCACCAGUGUCAAUCGACUCGCCAACACGUCCGCGCUCCCCGGAUACCAUGGACUAUGAAGAUGAUGAUACACGUUCGCCUUAUAAGCUUCAGAGCUCGCAUGGUUAUCGCCACUCAUCAGAAUCGUUGCCACGAGAACGCGAAGAAGAAGAGAGGGAGCGUGAACGUGAGCGCUCCGAUACACCGCAAGAACAAUUUGAGCCCAUUCUAAGUGAUGACGAGAUCAUAGGUGACGAUAUAGAAGAUGAAGACGACGGAGUGGAUGCGGCUGCAGCGGCAGAGUAUGAACGUGAACUGGAGGCAGCUGCGGCUGCUGCACCACCUGCCAUAGACGCCUUCGAACCAUGGCAACGUCCGCUAUUGACCUUCGACGGUGACUUGCUGACUCAUUUCAGUAAAGAGCUCGAUACACUUAGGCUACUCUUCAAGAAGCUAUCGCUACAAAUUCGAUGGGACAAUGUGAGCGCCUUCAAUGAAGAGCACGGCGGAGUCACUGUGGACGAGCGGGAGCAGUUCGUCUACCUAGGCGAGCAGUUAAACAACCAGUUGGGCUAUCUAACUCAGCACUACAAGCGUCGAAAUUUUGUGCUACAACAGUUUUUUAAGAACGACGAGUCGCAUCUGCGUCAAGCGGCGAAUAUUUUACAGAUUGCGUUGAGCUUCCAGGCGGCUUGCAUGCAGCCACAACCGGCAUUUAAGAUACGACAUAUCAAGCUGGGCGCUCGCAUGGCUGAGUUGCUGUGCAACAACGAGCAGUUGUUCCGACAUCUGCUGCAGCAGCACAACUUUGAUCCAUUUGAAGCCGUCUUCAGUCUCUAUCAGGAGCCUUACAUGGCGUUGUCUAUAAAACUUCAACUGCUAAAAGCUGUCUAUGCCAUGUUGGACACUCAAAUGGGCAUUAAGCAUUUUCUGGGUGGUAACACCAAUGGCUAUCAGCUAAUCAUCGAGUCUAUCAAGGCGGCCAAGCUUACGCGCACCAAAUACGCCUUGCAGGCCAUCAUCAAAAAACUGCAUCUAUACGAAGCCUUGGAGAGUGUGCGCAACAGCUGCAAUCAGCUCUUUGUCCGCAAAGUGGAACGGCCGCCGCAGACGAUCUGUCAGGAGAUCGAAUACGCAUUUGAGAUGAUUAUGGAUGCUUUGGUAGCCAACCAGCUGAGUUUUCAGCAGCCGCGUCGAUUUCUGCCCGUCUCCAAGAAGUUCGAAUUGGUCACAGAUCCAAAUGCGCAACGGAGCUUUGGCAAUGCGCUUCAAUCCUACUUCAAACAGCAUGCGCUCGCCGAAUCGCUGCUGUUAAUUCUAAGCAAUUCAAAGGAACUUCCAGCUACCACAUUCCUUUGUACGCUGGAUCUUAUGCAUGCUUUGCUCAAAUCGCACGUGGGCAUAGAUUACUUUGUUGACGAUGCAUUUGAGGCGACACAACUUAUUGUCGCCAUACUUUUGGGUCUGGAUGAAGUGCCCACCAUGCCCAAACCAGAAAUACAAAAGGAACAGGAAACAGAAAGUGUUAAGUCUGAGCAAACAGACAAACCUUUAGAUACAUCGGACAGCUCCGAAAAGGAAGCCGAAGCAAAGGGCGAGGGGGCUGCUGCAGCAACUGUGGCAAUUGACGUUGCCGUACAAACGGAACCCACACCUGUCAAAGCGCCUCCAAAGAUGGCACCCGUACUUCGGCCCGUUUUGCCACGUUUAGCGCGUCUGGGGAUAGAGUUGGCUUACAAGGUGCAGACGCGUUAUCACCUCGAUGCGAUUGUCUUUACGGCAGCACUGCCUGAGUACGAUGCUAUCACAGUUGCCACACACAUGCACGCAAUUUACUCACAGACCUGCGACCCGGCAGGUCGACAGCACACCAUUGAGGUUCUGGGACUGAACAAUAAUCUAAAGAUAUGCAUGGACCUCAUUAAAAAGGAACAGCGGCUGCAAUCGCAGCGACAGCUCAGUUCGCCAGGCACGAAAUACAAGAGUCCCGUGCUCAGCUAUGCGGUGGACAUGGUGGACUGCUGUGUACGCUACUGCGAACAACUUGACUAUCUUAUCGAGCAUGGCGCUGUCAUUCUUGAGCUGGCCAAGAACCACGAAACCUUUGAGCCAUCUGUGUCGGCUGUGCUACAGGAGAUGUAUGUGUACAUGAAGCCAUUGGAGGCCAUUAAUGUGUUCAUCUACGACGACAUAAUGCCUUUAGUUGAGGUAAUUGGGCGUUCUCUGGACUAUCUUACCACUUUCCCUGGCGAUCUGAUUAUGGCCUUGCGAAUUCUGCGUUAUCUGGUUACCACCAAAUCGACACCGCCGCCCGGUAUCAAGCAGUCGAAACGUGCGGACACCGAGGAGUUGAAACAUCGCUUUGUGGCCCUCCAGCUGUACGCAGCGGAUGGCGUUCAGCUAAUGAUUCAGAUCAUGGAACGAUUGUGUACGUACUUUGAGCAGCCCGGAAUGCAUGCACCUGCCUUGAUGACUAUUCAGGGUGUGCACUGCUGCCAGAUUAUGUUGCCUACGCUGCAAAUUCUACGCGAGCUGCUCUCCUAUGCCAUACUGUGCCGUGACGGCGCCUUCAAAGAUCUGACUUCGAUUGACCAUCUUGUUAAGGUAUAUUUUCUGUUAUACUAUUAUCCCACUCGAUGCCAGGCUGGUGCUGAGGUGGAACUGUGCAAGCUGGAAGUGGUGCAAACACUGUUGGCGUAUACACAACCACACGAGCAAGACGAGGAGUCUUUACAUAAAUCUCUCUGGACGCAAAUGAUACGUGAGGUGCUGAAGAACAUCGAUGGACCGGCCAACUUUAUACCGGGUCUGAAGCUGUUGGCGGAAUUGCUGCCGUUGCCAUUGCCCAUGCCACAGCCACUGAGCGAUCAGUUGAAGCAGCAGCACAAACAGCGUUUGAUCACCGAGCGCAAAUUGUGGUCCGCUCACUUGCAUCCGCAGAGCGGACAAAUCGCUAAGUUGGUGGAAGCGCUGGCGCCUUCAAGUUUCCCUCAGCUGUCCGAGCUGCUGCAGCGCGUAUGCAUGCAGCUAUCAGACCUGGCACCCAACAUGACGCUGCUAAUAGCCAAGACAAUUAUGGAACUGUUGUGCAAUGAAUAUCAGAGCUCCAAUUGUAUGCCGACCACCAAUCUUGAGCGCCUGCUACGUUUCUCCACGCGACUGUGCGCUUUCGCACCCCUUAAGAGCUCCAUGCUCUCCAUAUUGUCUGGCAAAUUCUGGGAGCUGUUCCAAUCGCUGCUAUCGUUGAAUGAGUUCAAUGAGGUGGUCUCCAAUUGCCAGGAGGCAGUGCAUCGCAUAUUAGACAGUUUCCUGGACUCUGGCAUUUCCUUAAUUUCACACAAAUCCACAGCGCAGCCGUCGCUCAAUUUGUCGGCUGCGCUGCCGCCCAAGGAACUAAUCCCACGUGUCAUCGAUGCCGUGUUUAGCAAUCUGGCCAGCGUGGAGGUCACUCAUGGAAUUUCCAUUUUAGCUGUGCGUAAUCUGGUCAUCCUAACCGAGCAUGACUACACAUUCUAUCAUCUGGCCCAGUUGUUGAAGCAGAAGAUUAGCGAGUUCCAGGCCUGGAUGGAACGUGUUAUACUCCACAAUGAAACGGUUGAAUAUAAUGCAAACAUUGAGUCGUUGAUUUUACUGCUGCGCUCCCUGACUCAAAUUGAGCCACCUCCAGCAAUGUCCGCUAUGCCGAACCGUACACUUAAGCUGGGCCCUUCUGAGCUUGCUCAGCUGCUUGAGUUCCAGGAUGUGGAGAUGGACAAGCCACCGGUUUUACAGCGCAUUCUUAAAGUGCUCGAGAAGCACAAGGCUGUGGCCAAUGAGGCAGCGCUAUGUGAUUUGAAACAACUUAUUACCCUGCAGGCAUCCAAGCAGGAACAGGAGACGCUGACAACAGCGGUUGCCUCAACAGAAACGCCAAAUGAAGCCGAUGCCAAUGCAGCAAACGGCAGCAACGUCGCCACAGGACCAUUAAACGUUGAGCCACAUCUGCCGCAAGCUGAGGGCAUUGUCACUCAGUACGAGGCCCGACCUAUAUUCACACGCUUCUGCGCAACGGCUGAGAAUGUUCAGUUGACAGCGCGUUACUGGCUGGAGCCGUUGCCAAUUGAGGUUAUUGAAGAUAUGGACGAGCCACUGUACGAACGCAUUGCCUGCGACUUGACUGAUUUGGCCAAUGUUUGCCUGAAUCCCGAUCUGAAUCUCACGGGCGAUUGCAAGCGUGUGCUGCAUUUAUCUGGCUCACCUCAAUCUAAUCGUGAGAUGACUCCCACAGCACCAUGUUUCCGUACUCGGCGUGUUGAGGUGGAACCCGCUACGGGUCGGCCUGAAAAGAAAAUGUUCGUAAGUGCAGUACGAGGACGAGGCUUUGCAAGGCCCCCACCCUCUCGCGGCGACCUAUUUCGCUCCAGGCCGCCCAACACUUCUCGGCCACCAUCGCUCCAUGUGGACGAUUUCCUGGCGCUGGAGACUUGCGGUGCACAGCCCACCGGGCCAACGGGCUACAAUAAAAUACCGUCAAUGCUUCGCGGAUCGCGCGUUGGUCGUAAUCGCGGGUCACGUAUUUCAGCAGCAGCUGCCUACAGGCAAAAGAAGCUCUUACGCAUUGGGUCGCCCUCCAAUUGGUCCGAGGCGACGGGAGCGCCGUAUCGUUCUGGCAAUGCUGAAGGGCAUUUCAGCGGGGGUGACUCGCACUACACGUCGCCCCACUACAGUGGACGAUCACGUGGGCGUGGCCUACGCUCCAGGCCGCCCUAUUUGCGUUAGACACGGCGCCAAAACUUGCAUAUAUCAAAGUGUUUUGUGUAUAUUUGAUUUAUACAUUUUGUAU